CUUGACUGGAUGGGAGAUAUCUUCUUCAAUUGCUGCUGUCGGGCCGUCCCGAUGCUCCAGCGGCAUUGCUGAUUAUGUCUGGUUCUAUGUUAUUCUAUCCCCGGUUCGGGGUAGGCCAUUUUCGCAAAUGGAACCCAUCCCAGACCUGGGAUUUCAGGCUAAUUCGGCGUCGGCUUCAUGAUCGGCCGAGAAACUUACGAUCCAAAAUUUGGGUGCCAAUUGCUCCCGUACCCAAAAACCUGGCCGCGCAAGAUUCUACGGCGCUGUUGGUCCAGGCUGGAUUUAUCCGUCAGGCCUAUGCAGGGAUAUAUCACCUUCUUCCGUUAGGCCUCCGAGUCCAGAAGAAAUUAGAAAACUUGAUUGAUAAGCACAUGGAAUCUCUAGGGGCGUCAAAGUUAUUUCUGUCCGCUUUAUCCUCGCAGCUCCUAUGGAAAUUAUCCGGGAGACUGCAUGAUGAUUCUGAGGUAUUCAGAUUUCUUGACCGAAAAUAUGCACCUUUCCUUCUUGCACCAACCCAUGAGGAAGAGAUAACCAAACUCGUGGGUGGCUUGACCAACUCAUACAAAGAACUUCCACUGCGAGUAUACCAGAUUUCUAGAAAAUACAGAGACGAACGUCGGCCUCGCCAAGGGCUACUACGAGCACGUGAAUUUCUGAUGAAAGAUCUCUAUACGUUUGAUUAUAGCACCGAGGAGGCUAUGAAAUCUUACAAUUCUGUUAAGGAAGCCUACGUACGGCUUUUUGAUGAACUGAAGCUUCCGUAUAUAGUUGCUGCAGCAGACUCUGGGAACAUGGGCGGAAAUCUGAACCAUGAAUUCCACUUGGAAAACUCAAAGGGCGAGGACAUUGUCGUCAGUUGCUCUAAAUGUAACUAUAAGUUUAAUGAAGAGCUAACUGAUGGCCAUGCAUCCAAAUUCGCGAGCAGAAGAGAGUCGAGUCCUCCUUAUUCUCGACCUGGGCCAUUGGGCCAGUCUCUAGCUGCAGCAAUCUCUACCGGGGUGUGGACAGCUGUUUCUAAAGAUAGGAGGACUCUCAUCCGCGCAUACUACCCAAAGUACCUGUUGAACGAAAAUACAGCGGAACCGGUCGAACGAGAGGUCAAUCCGCACGCCGUCCGAUCAAUUGCACUUGCUCAUGGAGUUUUUCUCGACCUUGCCAUCAAGAAUGCGUCAGGCGUCUGGAGAGCACGGGCUGAGAACGGUAUUGACACUGAGUUGCAGGCCAGGGAUAUGGAAACUGAGGCACAAGAUGACGACGCCGAGGCUCAAUUGCAAAGCAAAAGUAUGGAAACUGAGCUGCAACAUGACAGUAUUGAAGCUGAAUCUCAGGGUCUUAAUGUCUUGGAUAUAUACGACUUCCGCGUACGACCUUAUGACAGGCCACCUUUGAAUGAUUUGUUGGAUAGCAAAACCGCCGAAAAGAAGAAAAUUAGCUUUUCUUCAAUUACUAAGUUUCCAGGAACUGACCAUGAUCUCGAUUUCGUCCGUGUUCAAUCUGGGGAUCGGUGUUCUAAGUGCGAAGAUGGUGUAGUCACAACUCACACUACCAUUGAAAUGGGCCAUACGUUCCUUCUGGGCACGAGAUAUAGUUCGCCGCUGCAAGCGACUGUGGCUAUUGAUCCUGCCAAGUCAGUCAAUGCGGAUGGAGCGAAGGAGUCCCCUAAAUCUGUCGUUCCCCUGCAAAUGGGCUGCUAUGGAAUUGGCGUUUCCCGCAUGAUUGCAGCUGUGGCUGAUAUUCUCGCUGAUUCAAGGGGCCUCAACUGGCCGCGAGCAAUGGCGCCGUUUUCCGCCAUAAUCGUUCCUGGGCUAGCUUUCCAGGAAGACAGCAAAAAGAUAUACGACCAUAUAGCCUCGUAUCACAACGGCUCAAUAGAUACAAUUUUGGACGAUCGAGAACGGCCUCUUAUCCGGAAACUAAAAGACGCCGACCUUACUGGCAUUCCGGUGAUCUGUGUUGUCGGGAAAUCGUGGGAACGCCAUCGAAACGUGGAAGUCCAAUGUCGACGAUUAAAUAAUCUUCGAACCGAUGUCUCCCUCGAUGAGCUUCCAUCCUUUAUUUCCUCACUCCUUGACAAGUUAUAGGGAGUAUAUUGGUAUCCAGGUGGUAUGGUAUGCAUGUACAAUAAUAGACCAGCGGUGUUGUUCGGAGUUUAGUGAAAGCUUGGUUAAAUGAGCGUUGUAUGGGCAUAGGCUCAUUAUUCUUUUGGGAUAUGCUGAUAUGUAUACUCCAUAGUAUGUUGUGGCAUUUCUGAAUUUAUCCACCUUACCUAAUUCUCUU